UUCAACAUAUGUGCAUUAGUAUCCUAAGUUCUUCACAUACACAACCCUGCAUAAACUUGAGACCUUGAAUUCUCCUGUAUGCGUGAUUAGAAUCUUGCUAAGAAGUAGAAAACUAAGUUUAGGAUAUGGAAGUUAUAACUACUACUAGCUUCUCAUAAAAAAAUCGCAUCUGGGAUGUGGAACCAAACAUGCUCAAGGUUUUAAAUUGCAAUCACAUUUGUCAAGUUUUUUGGUAUUGCAGAAAAUCGCAGACAAAUGCAACUGAUGUGACCAUAAUUACUGUCAUGGAAACCUCCAAAGCCUUUGUGACCAAUAUCAUAGCUGCAAACCGUUUUCGAAAACCUUGAACAUGCUAAAUAGCAUAUUUCUAUACCUAUCAUUUCAUUACCCAAUAUUAUAACAAUGGCAAAAGGAACACUCAUAACCCUCCCAAGAUUUCUUUGCUUGAUGACCCUCUUCAUCAUGGCAAGUGCAAGUACACAAUCCCCAAACUACAUGGAUGUUGACUGCCACCACUCAAAAGAACAAGCCCUCACCCUGACAUACCAAACCAACCUUAACGAAACCCUCUCACAGCUCUCUUCUGAUGCCACCACAGGCAAAGGAUAUAGCCACACCACCGCAGGAAAUGGCACAGUUGAUGCUGUGUAUGGCCUCUAUGAUUGCAGGGGUGAUCUCACAGGAUAUUUCUGCCAGUUCUGUGUCUUUACUGCGGCCUCAGAGAUUCUCCAGCGCUGUCCUAACAGAUCCUCUGCUGUGAUAUGGUACGACUACUGCAUUCUCAGGUACUCAAACCAUAACUUUAUAGGGAAUCUUACCACAACCCCAUCAUGGUAUAUUUCGGAGUCAAAGAACAUCACUGAUCCAGAAGAACCUCAGAAAGCUGAGGAUUACAUGCAAAGUUUGAGAAGAGAAGCCACUGUGGAGACCAACAAGUUAUAUGCAAUGGGAGGGUUCAAUUUGAGUCAUGGAGAGGAAAGGUAUGGGUUGGUGCAGUGCAGUAGGGACCUUACUAAUGAGGAGUGCAGCCAGUGUUUGGAGGCUAUGAUAGACGAAGUUCCUCAGUGUUGUCGGGCAAAGCUAGGAUGGCAGGUUUUGGCUCCAAGUUGUCUUAUAAAGUAUAGUGAUUAUAUGUUCUACCAGAUUACUAAUCAGACAUCUUCUCCUUUACCUAAUCCAGCUAAGAAGGGAGGUACAAUUAAUUCAAAAACCUUGAUCAUUACCAUAGUGAGUGUGUUGGUGGCGGUAGCUCUACUAAGUUUCUCUGCCUACUACUGGAGGUAUCUGUCUAAUAAAGACUCAGAGACCACUCCUUUAUCUUUUCAUGACCAUAUUCAAAGAGAGAAUGCACUGAAUGCAGACCUUCCUACAAUCCCUUUAAUCUGGAUUCGCCAGAGCACUAAUAACUUUUCAGAGUUGUCUAAAUUAGGAGAAGGUGGAUUUGGUCCUGUUUACAAGGGUAAUUUAGAGGAUGGAACCGAAAUUGCUGUCAAAAGACUCUCUAAAACAUCUGGUCAAGGUUUGGAGGAGUUCAAGAAUGAAGUGAUCUUCAUAGCCAAACUGCAACAUAGGAACCUAGUGAGACUACUGGGUUGCUGCAUUGAGGAAAAUGAAAAGCUGCUUGUGUAUGAGUACAUGACAAAUUCCGGGCUUGACUCUCACCUGUUCAAUCAGGAAAAAAGAAAGCAACUAGAUUGGAAGCUACGACUGAGGAUUAUUAAUGGAAUUGCAAAAGGCCUUUUGUACCUUCAUGAAGACUCUAGACUUCGAAUAAUACAUAGAGAUAUGAAAGCUAGCAAUGUACUUCUGGAUCAAGAGAUGAAUCCAAAAAUAUCAGAUUUUGGAUUGGCAAGGACAUUUGAAAAAGGCCAAAGUCAGGAAAAUACAAACAGAGUCAUGGGCACCUAUGGAUACAUGGCUCCAGAAUAUGCUAUGGAAGGGUUAUAUUCAGUGAAAUCUGAUGUUUUCAGCUUUGGAGUUCUUUUAUUAGAAAUCAUAUGUGGAAGAAGGAAUAGUGGAUUCUAUCUUUCAAACCAUGGUCAAAGUCUUCUACUAUAUAGUUGGAGACUUUGGUGUGAAGGAAAAAGCUUGGAAUUGUUAGAUCCAAUGCUAGAAAAGACAUACAAAGGCAGUGAAGUUAUGAAGUGCAUACACAUUGGUUUGUUGUGUGUUCAGGAAGAUGCAGCAGAUCGACCAACCAUGUCCACAGUUGUUGUCAUGCUGGCAAGUGACACAAUGGUCCUUCCAAAUCCUAAUCAUCCUGCGUUUUCAGUUGGAAGAAAGACCAAGGAAGAAGAAUCAACAUCAAAAACUUCCAAGGAUCCUUCUGUUAAUGAAGUAACAGUAACAAAUAUUCUACCCAGGUAGUGGUGGAUAAGCAUGGCACAAAGCUUAGAGUAUGUUUGGAUACAAUUUAGAAACACAUUUAAAAUUUAAUAGUGUGUUUGAAUUUUAAAUUCUUUAUAAAUUCUCAAUCCAAAUAAAAUAU